AUGACCCUUCGUUUCUCAUCGCCAACCUUGCACUGCACCCAGCUCACCUCCCAUCGCCUGGCGUCGACUCGUACAGCCCCCGUAUUCACCACAGCUCCAUGUACGCGAUCGUUUAUAGCUUGGAGAGGAACCGAAUCUAAACAUUUCUACAAGGGCUUGCUCGCUUACCCACAGCUAUUGAGGGGGCCUAUGUCAUCCAACAAACCGGAGAGCCCAACACCCCAUGAAAGACGUGGCAAACGGCGACGGAUUUCGCGACGGAUUUCAAAGGCUUUUGGGAAACAAAUCUCACAGAAAGCCGUGGCUAAAGAGACGAACAUGAACCAUCCAACCCUCCCCCAAAUUGUGCUCACGCCCAUCGAACAAACUCUGCGACUGUGUCUACUUGAUGCAGCCGAGUUCAUCCAGCAACGUAAUAAAAGAGAACCAGACACAACACCAACAGCUACAGAGCCCCUGGUUUUGCGAUUCGCUGGAGGAUGGGUGCGAGACAAGCUUCUCGGUGUUGAAAGCCACGACAUCGACGUAGCGAUAAACUCCAUGACGGGGGAGAAAUUUGGGGAGGGCCUCAAAGAAUACCUCUCGAUUCCUGGAAAUCUCAGAAAAUACAAGAUAUUUCACCCUUCCAACCCUUCUGUUGUUGAUUUCAUUAAGCUUCAUAAAAUCGAGAAGAAUCCCGAAAGAUCAAAACACCUUGAGACAGCCACGACGAGAAUGUUCGGAUUGGAUAUUGACUUUGUCAACCUGCGGAAGGAAACAUAUACAGACGAGAGUCGAAAUCCCCAGGUCGAAGUUGGGACACCAGAAGAGGAUUCACUUCGACGGGAUGCUACAGUGAAUGCUUUAUUCUAUAAUAUUCAUACAGAGUUGAUUGAAGACUUUACUGGACAGGGAUUGCAAGACAUGAAGAAUAAAAUCAUACGCACACCAAUGGAACCAUUUCAGACUUUUAAAGACGAUCCACUCCGAGUCCUGCGAUUGAUUCGAUUUGCAAGCAGGCUGGGCUACACCAUUGAUUGUGACACGGAAGAAGCUAUGAAAAUAGAUGCUAUCAAAUCAGCUCUAAAAGCCAAGAUUAGUCAGGAAAGAAUCGGUGUCGAGAUUGAGAAAACCUUGCGAGGUCCUGACCCCUUGACAGCCUUGCAACGGAUCAAUCGAUUAGGCUUGUAUGAUACUAUACUUGCCAACCAUCAGGAUAACGUUGGGGUUGAUACAUCGUCCUGGGAACGGGGUUAUGAUGUGCUAAGCCUCCUAUUGAGUAAUUCCGCCGAAAAUGGUACCGGAUUUGAAAAGUCACGUCAAUAUGUCCGAGAUAUACUGAUCCGUAAUGAGAACGAGCGGUACUUUUCAUGGCUUCUAGCUGCACUUGCGCCGUGGACCACAGUUCCAGACCCGAUACCAUCGAAGCCCACGGAGCCUAUGCCCCGUGCAACAACUGUUGCUAAAGACAGUUUGCGCGCCGACAAUAAGGCUGCCAAUAUCAUUACCGCGGCAUCCAAGUAUCACAAGAUGAUAUCUCAUAUGAAAUCGUCCUUCCUCAAGGACGAAAUAGCCGAUACCCCCCCAGAGGUUCGUGCCAAAGUUGGACAAUUUAUUCGAACCAUAGGCCGAGACUGGAGAUUAUGCUUUGUCCUUGCGAUAGUCCGCGAAGCUAUGCAGGGACAAGAACCGCACCAAUUAUUUCAAAGUUACGAGAAAUUUCUCCUGUACAUUGAGAAUGACAAUCUUCUCGACGCAUUCUCACUACGUCCACUUAUCAACGGCCAUGAUAUCGUCAGUGCACUGGGCGUGAAAACGGGGCCGUGGAUGGGUACUGCUCUGGAGAUGUUGAUUGAAUGGCAGCUCCGCAACCCAGAAGAAACAAGCAAGGAGGCCGCAAUUAGUGAACUCCUUCGAAGGAAAGGGGAAGCUGCGGUGCGUGCAAGGUGGAAAUCGGUCGAUGACACCGUUGGCUAUCAUCUGAACCCGUCUGAAAUACAACCAGAUAUAAGCCUUGGAGAAUUAUGGUCUGAAAUAAGCGCAGACGAAUCUUCUGCCUCCAAUACAGAUGAAAAGAAAUGCGAAGAUUUACUUAUUGUGGAGGCUGCUUUGAGAGCUAUCAUCGAGAGGCCCGGCCAGUUACAGAAGAAAGACCAAGAGGCGGCAAGAUUCUUCAUUUUCUGGGCUGCCAAUGCUAUUCUUCCAAAUGAAGACUUCACCGGUGCAUGGGAGGAGGCUCAGCUUUCAGACACUGCAAAACUGCCAACGCUGGCAAGGUACAAGGUUGCUCGACUGAGGUCAACUGUUGGAGUCUCCGUUCUACAACUUCUCCAUUCGAUAAGUCCUAUCAAUGAACUUGAAAUCGACGAUUCAGUCGAUGUUAUCACGUCCUUGGCUGCCUUCACCUGCAGGAAGGAUCCGUGGACAACAGAGACCGCAUUUAACGUGGCCUCUGUUAUCCUUGAAGGUUACGAGUCGCUUUUACGCUCACAGAACAGAGCAGAGCUGGCCGCUAUCCUUGAAGAGGUGCUUAGAAAAAAAGUGAAGCCUCUAUUUUCCAAAACAAAAACUCCUGCAGUUACAGCGGCCGGGAGGAAGAAUGUGCAUCCUAUCCCCCAGCCGAGAUUUGAUCCAAGUAUUUUCGAUCCGAAGUCUAAGCCAUGGAAGUUUAAGGACCUCUAUGUUAUCACGGUGCUCUCUUGGGUGAUUGGGAGGUAUUCGCCCUCAGACAAGGCCACAUUGGAAUCCCAAUUUCCUCUCCUCGUUCCCGCAAUCCUCUCUCUAAUAGACGACGAGACGCUCGCCUUCAAGGCAAAGGGCUCCGAGCUUCUCCUUAGAUUUCUAGCUCCUCUUGAGGAAUCGAAAUCCGACUUACUCCGGCGCACGAACCUGGAUUCAGUGUUUCAAGACGCUCUUACUCCCUGCCUUCUUUCCCUGCCCACUCUCACCCCCGAAUCUGAAUCCAUCCACCUGCUCCAAUAUGCCUAUCCAGCAUGCCUUGAGGUAAUUCGCACCCGAUUUCCUUCAUCCCAAUCCCAAUAUUCAUACCCUAAAACAACCCAGACCAGCCUCAAAGAAGACCCCGAAUCCCAACAGCGUCUGGAAUCCCUUACCCGCCUCCUCCGACAGAGUAUCCUCCAAUCUUACCACCACACUAGCAACCCCGCCCCCUUAGAAAAUACAUCAAUAUCAUCAUAUCCACACCCACGCCUCUCCGCGCUGCUGCUUUCCCAGCUCUCGCUCGUCUCCUCAGAGCUAGGCAUCCACACUACCAAGCAUCUACAGGAUCUCGUUCCCGUGCUCUCAGCUACCUUGUCAAAUCCAUUUGGUACGGCAUACCCUCCUCUUCUUUUGGCAGCUACGGAAGCAACUAAAAUGCUAGUGUUGAAUGCUUGGCCAAGGAUUUGGAGAUGGAGAGCUGAACUGCUGGCCGGGCUGUGUGCGUGUUGGUUGCAUGUGUGUGAUGACUUGGCAGAUAUGGAUAUGGACGCUGGUGGUGCUGUUGCCAGCAUUACACCCAGGAGAGGUAAUGAUGCUGGUGAUGGACGGAGAGGGGAUUUGAUUGGGCUACAGGGUGCCCUUAAGGAGGUUGUUGGGGUUUUAAGGAUCACGAUUACAGAAUGUGCAGACUUGGUUUUCGAGAAGGUAGCGGGAGAUCAUGAAGCAAGAGGAGCUGGAGACGAGGGUAUGAAUGGAGGAGCUAUUGAUGUUGACGGUGAGUUUAGGGAGUUGGUUGGAGGAGAUGGGAAAUUGCAUGGAUUAUUGAUUGGGAAUGAGAAUUUUGAUUCCUAG